AUGGCCGAUCCACCUGAUCUCUGGGCGAAAGCCUACGAGCGACUCCCUGGCGAUGUCCGAAAAUGGCUGUCCAGCUUGGAUGCCGCAGGUGCACAGCCGGGCCAGACAGAUGCCCAGUUCAUUGACGGUCUCAUCCGUCAGGCCCAAGAAAAGGAGCUGGAACUGGAGAAGAACCGUCACAAAUUCUCUUUGAAAGCUGGAAAACACAGGCUCGAACUCAGGCCGCUUUUCAACAGCAUGAUCAAAUGGCUUGAUAAGGUCAAGGGCAUCGGCGAUAUCGUCUCUUCAUUCGAUCCUGUUCAUGCGGCCCUUCCUUGGGCUGCUUUCCGGCUUGUCUUGCAGCAUUUGGUCGCAGAGCAAGAGCACUCCGACAAGUUCAUGAAGCUUCUUGCAUCCAUGCCGCGCUUGCUCUUCACAGGCCGUAUUUUUGAAAUGGUCUACUCGAAGAGGUCCAUGGAUCUUGAACAGCAGCAAAACGAUACUCAAAUUGGCCAUGAAUCUGUUGAACACUUACAUCAUGAGCUGGUGGACCUUUACACUGGACUUUUGAGCGCUCUUCAGUUUUGUUACUUACUCUUCACCAAGACCAAGACUAUGCGGAAGGUGGCCGCGAUUCUCAACAGUUCUAAACCAGGAGAAAGCUUUGUCCAGCUAGAAGAGCAGCACAAAAGGGUAAUCAGCAGCGGCGACGAUUGCAAAAACAUCUCGAGCCACCGAUUGGAUCAGAAAUAUCAGAGUUUGCUUGAAGACCAUCAGACAUCGUUGCACAGUUGA